AUGACGACCACCGUAGCCACAGACUACGACAACAUUGAGAUCCAGCAGCAGUACAGUGAUGUCAACAACCGCUGGGACGUGGAUGACUGGGACAAUGAGAACAGCUCCGCGAGGCUGUUCGAGCGAUCCCGAAUCAAGGCUCUGGCAGAUGAGCGUGAAGCCGUGCAGAAGAAGACCUUCACCAAGUGGGUCAACUCUCACCUCGCCCGGGUGUCCUGCCGGAUCACAGACCUCUAUACUGACCUUCGGGAUGGGCGGAUGCUCAUCAAGCUGCUGGAGGUCCUCUCUGGAGAGAGACUGCCGAAACCCACCAAGGGACGGAUGCGCAUCCACUGUCUGGAGAACGUGGACAAGGCCCUUCAGUUCCUGAAGGAGCAGAGAGUCCACCUGGAGAACAUGGGGUCCCACGACAUCGUGGACGGGAACCACCGGCUGACCCUCGGCCUCAUCUGGACCAUCAUCCUGCGCUUCCAGAUCCAGGAUAUCAGCGUGGAAACUGAAGACAACAAAGAGAAGAAGUCUGCCAAGGAUGCAUUGCUGCUGUGGUGCCAGAUGAAGACAGCUGGGUACCCCAAUGUCAACAUUCACAAUUUCACCACUAGCUGGCGGGACGGCAUGGCCUUCAACGCCCUGAUACACAAACACCGGCCUGACCUGAUAGAUUUUGACAAACUGAAGAAAUCCAAUGCACACUACAAUCUGCAGAACGCCUUUAACCUGGCGGAGCAGCACCUCGGCCUCACUAAACUCCUGGACCCCGAAGAUAUCAGUGUGGACCACCCUGAUGAGAAGUCCAUCAUCACCUAUGUGGUGACUUACUACCACUACUUCUCUAAGAUGAAGGCCUUAGCUGUUGAAGGGAAACGAAUUGGGAAGGUGCUUGACAACGCAAUUGAAACAGAAAAAAUGAUUGAGAAGUACGAAUCACUUGCCUCUGACCUUCUGGAGUGGAUUGAACAAACCAUCAUUAUUUUGAACAAUCGCAAAUUUGCCAAUUCACUGGUCGGGGUUCAGCAGCAGCUGCAGGCGUUCAACACCUACCGCACGGUGGAGAAGCCGCCCAAGUUUACUGAGAAGGGGAACCUGGAGGUGCUGCUCUUCACCAUUCAGAGCAAGAUGAGGGCCAACAAUCAGAAGGUCUACAUGCCACGGGACGGGAAACUCAUCUCUGACAUUAACAAGGCCUGGGAGAGACUGGAAAAGGCGGAACACGAGCGAGAAUUGGCCCUGCGGAACGAGCUUAUCCGACAGGAGAAACUGGAACAGCUCGCUCGGAGAUUUGACCGCAAGGCAGCUAUGAGGGAGACCUGGCUGAGCGAAAACCAGCGCCUGGUGUCUCAGGACAACUUUGGAUUUGACCUUCCCGCCGUCGAGGCCGCCACGAAAAAGCACGAGGCCAUUGAGACGGACAUCGCCGCGUACGAGGAGCGCGUGCAGGCUGUGGUGGCCGUGGCCCGGGAGCUCGAGGCGGAGAACUACCACGAUAUCAAGCGUAUCACGGCGAGGAAGGACAAUGUCAUCCGGCUCUGGGAGUACCUGCUGGAACUGCUCCGGGCCCGGCGGCAGCGUCUGGAGAUGAACCUGGGGCUGCAGAAGAUUUUCCAGGAAAUGCUCUACAUUAUGGACUGGAUGGACGAGAUGAAGGUGCUAUUACUGUCUCAAGACUAUGGCAAACACUUGCUCGGCGUGGAAGACCUGCUGCAGAAGCACGCCCUGGUCGAAGCAGACAUCAGCAUCCAGGCCGAGCGGGUGAGAGGCGUCAACGCCUCCGCACAGAAGUUUGCAACAGACGGGGACGGCUACAAGCCCUGUGACCCCCAGGUGAUCCGAGACCGCGUGGCCCACAUGGAGUUCUGCUACCAGGAGCUCUGCCAGCUGGCGGCCGAGCGCCGGGCCCGCCUGGAAGAGUCCCGCCGCCUCUGGAAGUUCUUCUGGGAGAUGGCAGAGGAGGAAGGCUGGAUAAGGGAGAAGGAGAAGAUCCUGUCCUCCGACGACUACGGGAAAGACCUGACCAGCGUCGUGCGCCUGCUCAGCAAGCACCGGGCGUUCGAGGACGAGAUGAGCGGUCGCAGCGGCCACUUCGAGCAGGCCAUCAAAGAGGGCGAAGCCAUGAUCGCCGAGGAGCACUUCGGGUCGGAGAAGAUCCGGGAGAGGAUCCAGUACAUCCGGGAGCAGUGGGCCAACCUGGAGCAGCUCUCGGACAUUCGGAAGAAGCGGCUGGAGGAGGCCUCGCUGCUACACCAGUUCCAGGCGGACGCCGACGACAUCGACGCCUGGAUGCUGGACAUCCUCAAGAUAGUCUCCAGCAAUGACGUGGGCCACGACGAGUACUCCACGCAGUCUCUGGUCAAGAAGCACAAGGACGUGGCGGAAGAGAUCACCAACUACAGGCCCACCAUCGACACGCUGCACGAGCAAGCCGGCGCCCUCCCCCAGGAACACGCGGAGUCUCUGGACGUGAGGGGCCGACUGUCAGGCAUCGAGGAGCGGUACAAGGAGGUGGCCGAGCUGACGCGGCUGCGGAAGCAGGCACUCCAGGACACCCUCGCCCUGUACAAGAUGUUCAGCGAGGCCGACGCCUGCGAGCUCUGGAUCGAUGAGAAGGAGCAGUGGCUCAACAACAUGCAGAUCCCGGAGAAGCUGGAGGACCUGGAGGUCAUCCAGCACAGAUUCGAGAGCCUAGAGCCAGAAAUGAACAACCAGGCCUCCCGGGUCGCGGUGGUGAACCAGAUUGCCCGACAGCUGAUGCACAGUGGCCACCCAAGCGAGAAGGAAAUCAAAGCCCAGCAGGACAAGCUCAACACGAGGUGGAGCCAGUUCAGAGAGCUGGUCGACAGGAAGAAGGAUGCCCUUCUCUCUGCCUUGAGCAUCCAGAACUACCACCUGGAGUGCAAUGAGACCAAAUCCUGGAUCCGGGAAAAGACCAAGGUGAUCGAAUCCACCCAGGACCUGGGCAACGACCUGGCCGGCGUGAUGGCACUGCAGCGCAAGCUGACGGGCAUGGAACGCGACCUGGUGGCCAUCGAGGCGAAGCUGAGUGACCUGCAGAAGGAGGCGGAGAAGCUGGAAUCAGAGCACCCCGACCAGGCGCAGGCCAUCCUGUCUCGGCUGGCCGAGAUCAGCGAUGUGUGGGAGGAGAUGAAGACCACUCUGAAGAACCGCGAGGCCUCCCUGGGAGAGGCCAGCAAGCUGCAGCAGUUCCUGCGAGACCUGGACGACUUCCAGUCCUGGCUGUCCAGGACCCAGACGGCCAUCGCCUCGGAAGACAUGCCCAACACGCUGACCGAGGCGGAGAAGCUGCUCACGCAGCACGAGAACAUCAAAAACGAGAUCGCCAACUACGAGGAGGACUACCAGAGGAUGAGGGACAUGGGCGAGAUGGUCACCCAGGGACAGACGGACGCCCAGUACAUGUUCCUGCGGCAGAGGCUGCAGGCCUUGGACACCGGCUGGAACGAGCUCCACAAGAUGUGGGAGAACAGGCAGAAUCUCCUGUCCCAGUCGCACGCCUACCAGCUGUUCCUCCGGGACACAAAGCAAGCCGAAGCCUUCCUCAACAACCAGGAGUACGUUUUGGCCCACACUGAAAUGCCCACCACCUUGGAGGGAGCUGAAGCAGCUAUUAAGAAGCAAGAAGACUUCAUGACCACCAUGGACGCCAACGAGGAGAAGAUAAAUGCCGUGGUGGAAGCCGGCCGGAGGUUGGUGAGCGAUGGCAACAUCAACUCGGAUCGCAUCCAGGAGAAGGUGGACUCCAUCGAUGACCGACACAGGAAGAACCGUGAGGCAGCCAGUGAGCUUCUAAUGCGCCUCAAGGACAACAGGGACCUCCAGAAAUUCCUGCAAGAUUGUCAGGAGCUGUCUCUCUGGAUCAAUGAAAAGAUGCUGACAGCCCAGGACAUGUCUUACGAUGAAGCCAGAAAUCUGCACAGUAAAUGGUUAAAACAUCAAGCGUUUAUGGCAGAACUUGCAUCCAACAAAGAGUGGCUUGACAAAAUUGAGAAGGAAGGAAUGCAGCUCAUUUCAGAAAAGCCCGAGACAGAAGCCGUGGUGAAGGAGAAACUCACCGCUUUACAUAAAAUGUGGGAAGUCCUUGAAUCCACCACCCAGACCAAGGCCCAGCGGCUCUUCGAUGCCAACAAGGCGGAGCUUUUUACCCAGAGCUGUGCGGACCUGGACAAAUGGCUGCAUGGCCUGGAGAGUCAGAUUCAGUCUGAUGAUUACGGCAAAGACCUCACCAGCGUCAACAUCCUGCUGAAAAAGCAGCAGAUGCUGGAGAACCAGAUGGAAGUGCGGAAGAAGGAGAUCGAGGAGCUGCAGAGCCAGGCCCAGGCCCUCAGCCAGGAGGGGAAGAGCACAGACGAGGUGGACAGCAAGCGCCUCACCGUGCAGACUAAGUUCAUGGAGCUGCUGGAGCCGUUGAACGAAAGGAAGCAUAACCUGCUGGCCUCCAAGGAGAUCCACCAGUUCAACCGGGACGUGGAGGAUGAAAUUGUGAAGGAGACGUCUUGGUCAUUCUGUGCUGUUCUCAGUCAUCCUGCGCUGUCUUCGGUCAUCCUGUGCUGCCCUCGGUCGUCCCACGCUGUCUUCGGUCGUCCCGCGCUGCCCUCGGAUGAGCAGAGCGCGGUCUCCAUGUUGAAGAAGCACCAGAUCCUGGAGCAAGCCGUGGAGGACUACGCCGAGACAGUGCACCAGCUCUCCAAGACCAGCCGGGCCCUGGUGGCCGACAACCAUCCGGAAAGCGAGCGCAUCAGCAUGCGGCAGUCCAAAGUGGACAAGCUGUACGCCGGUCUGAAGGACCUUGCGGAGGAGAGAAGAGGCAAGCUGGACGAGAGGCACAGGCUCUUCCAGCUCAACCGGGAGGUGGAUGACCUGGAGCAGUGGAUCGCCGAGCGGGAGGUGGUCGCAGGGUCCCAUGAGCUGGGCCAGGACUACGAGCAUGUCACGAUGCUACAAGAGCGAUUCCGGGAAUUUGCUCGCGACACAGGGAACAUUGGGCAGGAGCGCGUGGACACGGUCAACCACAUGGCAGAUGAACUCAUCAACUCCGGGCACUCGGAUGCUGCCACCAUCGCCGAGUGGAAGGACGGCCUCAAUGAAGCCUGGGCCGACCUCCUGGAGCUCAUUGACACAAGAACCCAGAUUCUCGCUGCCUCCUAUGAACUGCACAAGUUCUACCAUGACGCCAAGGAGAUCCUUGGCCGCAUACAGGACAAACACAAGAAACUCCCUGAGGAGCUUGGGCGGGAUCAGAACACAGUGGAGACCUUACAGAGGAUGCACACCACAUUCGAGCACGACAUCCAGGCCCUGGGCACUCAGGUGGGCGGGGGCACCCAGAGGGGGUAUUAUUUGUGUAAUUUCAGGGAUGUGUCAUCUGUUGAACUAUUGAUGAAUAACCACCAAGGUAUCAAAGCUGAAAUUGACGCUCGUAAUGACAGUUUCACAACGUGCAUUGAACUUGGGAAAUCCCUGUUGGCGAGGAAACACUAUGCUUCGGAGGAGAUCAAGGAAAAGUUACUGCAGCUGACAGAGAAGAGAAAAGAAAUGAUUGACAAGUGGGAAGACCGAUGGGAAUGGUUAAGACUGAUUCUGGAGGUCCAUCAGUUCUCAAGGGACGCCAGUGUGGCCGAGGCCUGGCUGCUCGGACAGGAGCCAUACCUAUCCAGCCGAGAGAUCGGCCAGAGCGUGGACGAGGUGGAGAAGCUCAUCAAGCGCCAUGAGGCAUUUGAGAAGUCGGCAGCCACCUGGGACGAGAGAUUCUCCGCCUUGGAAAGGCUGACAACAUUGGAGUUAUUGGAAGUGCGCAGACAGCAAGAGGAAGAGGAGAGGAAGAGGCGGCCACCUUCUCCCGAGCCGAGCACGAAGGUUUCAGAGGAGGCCGAGUCCCAACAGCAGUGGGAUACUUCCAAAGGAGAGCAAAUUUCCCAGAACGGUUUGCCAGCUGAACAGGGAUCUCCACGGAUGGCAGAAACAGCGGACACAGGAGAGAUGGUCAACGGUGCCGCGGAGCAGAGGACGAGCUCAAAGGAGUCCAGCCCCAUCCCCUCCCCCACCUCCAACCGCAAAGCCAAGAGUGCCCUCCCGGCCCAGAGCGCGGCCACCCUGCCCGCCAGAACCCAGGAGACGCCCUCGGCCCAGAUGGAGGGCGUCCUCAAUCGGAAGCACGAGUGGGAGACUCACAACAAGAAAGCCUCCAGCAGGUCAUGGCACAACGUUUACUGUGUCAUAAACAACCAAGAGAUGGGUUUCUACAAAGAUGCAAAGACUGCGGCAUCUGGAAUCCCCUACCACAGUGAGGUCCCCGUGACUUUGAAAGAAGCCGUCUGCGAAGUGGCAGUUGAUUACAAAAAGAAGAAGCACGUCUUCAAGCUCAGACUUGGAGAAGGGCGUCCUCACCUGUGCCUCUCCUUGGUCCAGGAGGAAAUGAACACGUGGAUCCAGGCCAUCUCCUCUGCCAUCUCCUCUGAUAAACACGAGGUGUCUGCCAGCACCCAGAGCACGCCAGCGUCCAGCCGGGCCCAGACCUUACCAGCCAGCGUUGUUACCAUCACCAGCGAGUCCAGUCCCGGCAAGCGGGAGAAGGACAAAGAGAAAGACAAAGAGAAGCGGUUCAGCCUUUUUGGCAAAAAGAAGUGAACUCCUUUCCUUCCACCUCCUGCCCUUCUCCCUUUUCCGUGAAAUUCCAGCAUGCGAGCUCAGAACCAACACGUUACUCUCUGUGCCUACUGUUCCUCCAUGUGGUUGAUUUUUUUUUUUUUUUUAACUUAUAGAGCAUUUCUCGGGGUGGGGGGAACACACCUGAACACUUAUCUCCAAGUUAACAAAAGUUUGAGGUGCAGAGGGAAGACCAGAUUUUUUUUUUUUUUUUUUAAAACGAAAUUAUAUAGAAUAGAUCUCAAUAUUUAAACCUGUUCCUCAAUUUUGUGAGGCUGUGUUGGAAAUAACCCGCCUCUAAGUGUUGGUUUGCAAGGCAGCGGUGCUUAAACAAUUAUCUCCUUUGCUCACCAGAGACAAAACGAACCGAUUUCCUGACACCGUUCUCUUCCAUUAAUUUCUGGUGGUCACCCUGAGUCUUGCCCACGACGGGUCUAACCUUUAUUAAAACAGAUGGUGUAUUAUGAUCUCGCUGCAGCCGUAGCCCAGCUCCCAGUUAACUCCACAGAGCAGACCAUUUGUACCUGGCAUCGCCUACUAACACACGCCACGUGGCUUUUCUGCAUCAGCCAGGAUGGUUAAGGAUGUUGGUAUACAGGAAGGAAUAGAAAACGGAUACUGUUUUAAAUGAUCUGUAAUUUCAACUUUUUUUUUUUUUUUUUGCUGAAAUACAUUAUAUUGUAUGUUUGAGAUAAUUCUAGUACAAAGUAUAAUAAAACUAGAUGUAUAAUAAACCCUUUAAAUCAUUGAUUAAGUGUACAAGUGGAACUCUGAAGCAUUUACUGGACAAAGUAACGUUACCCACAUGGUUCUUGGUUACUUGC